AGUCGUGGUUGGUAGAAAUGGAUAAGAUGGGCUGGAUCAUUCUUUAAUCCGACAAACAAAGGGGUCCGGGUCCGGGUUGCGUUUGGGUUCUUUACUUUUCCACUUGAAGACUAUACAAGUAAUUCCAUUUCCCUUGCAAAAGAUCAGAUCCUAAACCCAAAUCAACAAAAUCCAGUUAUUGCAGAUCUGCUUCUGAGAUCAUCCGAUUUCUGUAACGAUGGUGAAGGAUAGGAAGGUUGGCGUAGCCAUGGAUUUUUCAAACAGCAGCAAAGUUGCUUUGAAAUGGGCAAUCGAUAACUUAGCUGAUAACGGCGAUACCUUCUUCAUCAUCCAUGUCAAAACUCAUCCCCCCAGCGAUGAAUCACGAAAUCAACUCUGGGCCACUACUGGUUCUCCCUUGAUUCCGUUGGUGGAGUUUCGUGAGCCGGAAGUGAUGACGAAAUACGAUGUGAAGAUGGAUAUGGAAGUUCUGGAUAUGCUCGAUACCGCAGCUAGACAAAAAGAGAUACAUGUGGUGGCGAAAUUGUUUUGGGGAGAUGCAAGAGAGAAACUGGUGGAAGCCAUUGAUGAUCUGAAAUUGGAUUCUUUGGUUAUGGGUAGCAGAGGACUCAGCACCAUCCAGAGGUACCCUUCCUCUUACUUUCAUGUGUUGUUUGUCGGUUGUCGGAUGAUUUGUUACGAGAUGAUUGUGGUUUAUAUGGUAUAG